GACAAGAGAAAAUAGAGUGAGUGAGAAGAGUAAAAUUUUCUAACCAAAAUACUGAUACUGACACUGUUUUUCGCAUUUUCUAUAUUUUCUCAUUAACCUAAAUAGAAUUUUUGAUAACGAUCUAAGUUUUAUAGUUAAUGUAUUUAUUUUAUGGCUUCAAUCAACUUAUCCUAAUGCAGCAUUUUAAGUGGAUAGUGAGACACUGGAAUAUAAAUGUUAAUAUUUUGAUGUCAAUGAUUACUCCAACAUAAAUAAAACUAAUUGUAUUAUGUAGUACCACCAAAUAUAUUUAAAUAAUUCCAAGUUUAAUUAGACGUGAUGGGUAUUUGUUGGUGCAAACAAAAGAAUGAAGAUCAUGAUACAUAUAUACCACAGUCACCCAACAGUCUUCAAGCCCAUAACAUCAUACAGCCCCUUUCCCCGGUUAGCCCGCAGUAUCCAUUUAAGCUAACAAAACUUCCAGAUGCUGCAUAUGUGGAUAAAUUAGUCCUGGAAACCCUAGGGGUUAUUGCUACUUUAGUGGAUAAUGAACAGGAGCCUCCAAGUUCUAUGCUUCUCGUGCAUAAUAUAGCAGAUAAUGAAGAGGGUUGGAUUCAAGUUGUAAAUUCAAUGAUUAAUGUGAUACCGAUGCAUGACCCCUUAGGUCCUUCUGUCAUCACAUUAUUGUUGGACGACUGCCCAUUGCCGUCAAAGGAAUCAGUAUUUAAGGUGGUAAACAUGCUAAAUUUAUCCGAAAAGGCAGCGAUAGAGGGUAGGGCGGAUGCUCCAAAACAAAGGAAUAUUUGCGUCGUGUUAGGUUGCAUCGCAGAAAAGUUAGCAGGUCCUAGAAAUAUGGAAAUAUUAACCGAUAGUAUUAUAGAUUACUUAUUAACAAAUUUGGAACCUGUUACACACCCCAGCGUUAUAUUAUUUUCCUUGAUAGCAUUAGAAAAAUUUGCCCAAACUAGUAGCAACAAAAUAAUAAUCUUGAAAAAAAUCGCUAAACUGCCCAAAUGUCCCAUAAGUUUGCUUGAACCCUGGAAAGAAGAAACACAUACUAAACACCCCAGGCGUCCGUAUGUUUGGUUGAACCCUGGAAAGAAGAAACACAUUAUGUGAAGAGGCAGGUUGGUUUUUGCGCACAGUGGAUACUCGACAACUUGUUUGUAAUGGAAAACCGACAAUAUAGUUACCAAACAGUCAAUAUGGACACCAUAAAUGCGAUGUUGAAUACUUCAGACGUUAGUGAAUAUUUAAAAAUUUCUCCAGACGGCUUAGAAGCUCGGUGCGAUGCGUACUCUUUCGAAAGCGUUAGAUGUACGGCUCAAGCCGAUAAAGGAAUAUGGUACUACGAAGUUUGCAUUAUUACACCAGGUGUUAUGCAGAUCGGAUGGGCAACGAAAAAUAGUAAUUUUUUAAAUCACGAGGGUUAUGGUAUCGGAGAUGAUAGAUAUUCAUUAGCAUACGACGGCUGUAGAAGAUUAAUAUGGUACAACGCAAAAUCUGACCCGCAGAAUUUACCAAGUUGGCAACCUGGAGAUAUAUUGGGAUGUCUUUUAGACUUAGAUAACCAACAGAUUAUUUUUUCUGUCAAUGGAAUAGCGUUACCACCAAGUAUGCAUGUGUUCACAAUGGCAAAGUCUGGAUUUUUUGCCGCAGCUAGUUUCAUGUCAUUCCAGCAAUGUCGAUUUAACUUCGGUGCCGAACCUUUCGAGCAUCCCCCGAACGUGGCCUAUUCCACUUUUAACGAAUGCGGAUCUCUACGACCCGAAGAUAAAAUCGUUUUACCUAGGCAUAUAUUUCUUAAUCAACUUAGGGAGCAGAAUAUAGGAGAAGAUAGUUGCACUCUUUGCUACGAUCAGAAGGCUUCGAUUCGAUUGCUUCCAUGUGAACACUCCGGUUUUUGUGCGUCCUGUGCCAAACAGCUAGUAGAAUGUCCUAUGUGCAGAUCUCCGUUUCGUGAAAUAGAAGAAUAUCCUCAGUCUUCAUGACAUACAAGAUGUCGUUAAUCAUUCAAAACAAUAGCUUAAAAGUCGAACAUAUGUUUCAAAAUGGUAAAAAAGAAUUAUUUAUAAAUGAAUCGUCUGUUAUGAAAUAACAAUUUGUACAAAUGUGCUGCAUCAUAUGCAGAGAACGGGUUUGUAUUUUAAAAUACUUUAUUUAUUUUAAUAUUUUUAUUCCUUUAACUUUAUUGUUAUUGUAGCUGUGGAUACAAAAUGUUUGUUAAUAUCGGUGAAUAUACAUUGUGGCGUUUU